AUGAUCAGGUACGCUGCUGCUCAUCGUACCCUCCCCGAGUCUUCCGCGUUGGCUGUUUCUCACAGCCUCAACGGCGCCAACACCAAUGACAAGUCCUCCGGAGACAUUCCCGCUGCGUUAGUGAUUGUCGGGCGAGACCUUGACACCACCUUUCCAACUCAAAGCCCUUUCACCUCCCCUGCCCCCACCGGCUCCACCGGCUCCAACGGCUUGACUCACACCGGCACCAUCGCUCUAGCCUGCGUCCUCGCUAUCGCUUCCAUCAUCUCUCUCACGUUUGUCGUAUGGUGGUUCCUCCGACGAAAAACUCGCAAGGGCAGUAUGUCUGAGGAAGAUGUUGAGUCUCUGUCCCCCAUCUACGCGCCCAUUGUGCCUGAGGUCACUCUGUUUCUGGUGCCCCCACAAAUGCCAGAGUCACGGGUGGGGCGAGACUCUCCCGGGCAAGACUCUGAGGGGCCUGGGCAACUCUCGCCAGCGGCGUGCGGUCGGCGUGGGGUUUCUCCCGGCCUGCCAACACCUCCCAAAGCCGUCACUCCCGGCUCCGCCAUCACCGUCACUCGACGCUCUUACGGCCGUGCUCAAGCACAUCUUGAGCCUGUCACAGAGCCACCAGAGACCGUCAGAGCAACCGAAAUGCCCUUCCAACCCGAGUCAAUCACCAAGCCCGACUUCCUUCCCUCUUCGGUGACUUCUAGGCUCAGCACUAUCGGCAUGCCCCAUUCUCCCGUGCACAAAGUGCCUUUUGCCCGCGGGUUCGGACGCAUCAUCUCGUUCGACUUUGAUUCUCCACCUGUACCGGAGAGGGUGGCUAUACGAAGGGCGCCCAUUCCUUCCCGAGCUUCCAGUACUUCUCGGGUGAUACGACAAAGCUCUGAGAGCUCUUCCCACUCUGUUGAGCCUAUCCGUCAGAUCUCUAGUGGGAAAAAGCCUUAUCGACCGACCGCAAAGAGGACCAGGCGCGCAGCCCGGAAUGUUGCCAAAAGCAGGCCGACGUCGAGGGCGAGUCCGCAUCGCGGCAAAUCCGAGAGUGUCGUUGGUGGCGCUGUCCAGCUCGACCUACUGGGAGCCAGUCUUCCCAACGUUGCUACCCCAGAAUGCCUUGAUCGUCCACCCGCUGCUGUCAGACCACUGUCUGCCCCUCAGACUGUCGAUCAUGCAGUUGAAUCUAGCGCUCCCGAAGACAGCGGCAGUAACACCGACACCGAUCUCAACUAUACUAUCAGCUCUGCCACGUCGGUUGACAUGCCUGUACCCUCUAUCCCACGCUACCCUUAUGAUUCUCAAAAGCGUGAGCGUGGCGAAGACGUGGUCGAAUUGGUGGAGGUGGUCCUCACGGAUGACGAGAGUGCUACGCUCGAGGCUGCUACACCUCUGCUCGAGCAGGAAGACCUCUCAGCCCCGCCUCCUAGCACGGAUGACCACGAUGACGGUGAAGGGGUCGUUACUCCUGUCAUACAGGACCUCUUCAUGGAAGACGACGCCCUCGGGCUUCAGAUGCUUCUCUCUCCAGACCACAUCCAAAGUGCCCAUGCCGAUGCCUUGUUCGGGCCGGAGACUUGCGUUCAGCUGCAGUCAACCUUUCGCCCCGUAGAUGCCGUGGGUGGACUCGACUUCUCCUUUCAGCAGGCGGAGGGUGACUUGCUCGACCUUCUCAACGAUAUGGCCAACAAAUCCUCUAGUCGCAUCUUCACCCGUGGCUCUGUGGCCUCUACAUCCUUCAGCAGCUGUCAAGAGCCACUCUCGCGUAUGUCUGGAGACUCGUCGCUCUACGUCGCACAGGAGAAGGCGGAGAACGACCUCAUCAAUCUUCUUGAAACCAUAGGUCAGCCUCGGCUGCCUUCCACGCGGUCUAACAUGUCAGCCGCUAUCGUCAGCCACCGAGCUCAGUCGUCGUUCGAUGCUGCUGAGGAGAGUCUGCUUUAUUGUUUGGAAGACAUGUGCGAUAAGGUGGUCAAGUCCAAGGACAAUGAUGCGACCGAGUUUCUCCCGGCCACGUUCGCAGAGGCGGAAGCCGACUUGCUGUCCAUGUUGGUGGCAAUGGACCCGAGUUCUUUUGCGCUUGUCACACAAGAUAUCAUGCAGAUACCCCGCUCAGGCAGUACGGGCUCUGUUCCUAUCGGAGUACACACUCCCAUGAGAGGGCAAGAGUCGCUUCCCAUCGAGCAGCAUCGGUCUUCUGUCAAUGGCAAGAUUUCAACGGCGUCGCUCUCUAGAGUGUCCGAUAUCGCUUCGGCACCAGAGCAGCCCAACAUUGUUCUUGGUGGAAAGCAGGUCGUUGGUAACGACACGUCGUUGACCGAAGACUUUCUCGACAUUGGUAUGGAGCUCCUAGAGGACCAGAGCGAGCCCAUCCCAGAACCUUCAGCAUUGACUUCCGUAGCUUCCCCCUCCAUCGCUGCAGAACGACGCCUGGAGCAGCCAGAUUUGCUUGCUUCUGCAAGAGCCUUCCUCGAGAGCAAGCGCACCCAUCAUGUGCAUGUGCACAGCAAGAGUGUCGGCAAUCUGUCUCGGGAGACUAGUGCUGAAGACGCCGCCAACGUCCGAGGGGACAUCUGGCAGACCACUCCAAAGUCGUCUAAUGUCCUGCGAAGUCCUGCCAGCUGUUAUCUUACCAUCACCAGGCCGUCCCCUGCUAGCCUACUCGACAAAACUAUCCGCUCCAGUCAGAGCACCCCUGAGAAACAAGCAGGAGAGAAGGAGGUGUUCUUUGCAAGUGAGAUUGGCGAACUUUUUGGGGCGCAUGGCGGUGGUCAAGGAAAUCUGAGGUAUAGACAGCUCCAUGGAGAUGUAUUCGACGAGCUGAAUGGCGGAAUGGGUAAUUUGUUUGGGGACCAUGAGUCCUGGAUGGGCCACGACCAACUUGAUUACGAUAGCGAUAGCGAAAUAUUCUAG